GAACUGUGAAGGCAAGAAUAUCCGCUACAGAACGUGCAGUAACAUGGACUGUCCCGUCGAGUCGGGAGACUUCCGAGCCCAGCAGUGCUCUGCCCACAAUGACAUCAGGUACCAGGGCAUGGUCUACGAGUGGAUUCCCGUGCCCUAUGAACCCUCGGCUGCGUGCGCCCUGCGGUGCCAGGCGCGGGGGAGGAGCCUAACGGUGGAGCUGGCGCCUAAGGUUCUAGAYGGAACACGUUGCCGGGCCGACGCCCUGGAUAUGUGCAUCAGUGGGGUCUGUCAGGUGAGAUCUAAAUACAAUCUCCUUUGUCCUACAGCUGUGAAGACAGUGCUGGAAGUCCCCUUGGGAAGUAGGAGUUUGAGAGUCAGCUCCAAGGGACCUGAUGUCAUAGUAAUCGAGACCCAGUCUCUGCAGGGUCGUAGAGAGGAGCACAGUCUGGUCUCUCCCGGUUCCUACCUCAUCGGCAACACCACCGUGGACUACCAGAAAGGGACAGACAGACAGACGCUCAGGACACAAGGACCUCUGGGAGCCGAUUACAUCAUCAAGGUGACACGAGGAAGAGGCGCUGAGGACACGAUGGUCCAGUUCCUGUUCUAUCAACCAAUCAGGUACCAGUGGAGAGAGACUGACUUCUUCCCCUGCUCUGUCACCUGUGGAGGAGGUUACCAGCUGAACUCAGCAGAGUGCACAGACAUCAGGUCCAGUCAGGUGUUCCCAGAGCACCACUGUAACAGCUACCCUGAGAACACCAAACCCACGCCCAAACUCAAGGAGUGCAACAUGGACCUCUGUCCUGAGAGUGAUGGCUUCAUCGAGGUGAUGCCUUAUGGACACUUUCAGCCUCUGCACGGUGAGUGACCAUCAUAGUCUAUCACAGAGCCUGUACUACUGUAGUACCCUGGACAGGACCACUAGUCUAUCACAGAGCCUGUAUACUGUAGUAUCCUGGACAGGACACUAGUCUAUC